UAGAUGGUAUCAAGGAACAAUGUGACUUACUUUGUCCUUUUGAGCCUCACACAGAAGCCAAAGGAGCAGAAAGUCCUUUCUCUUAUGUUCUUGCUCUUCUACAUUUUGACCAUGGUGGGCAACCUGCUCAUUGUUGUGACCGUCACUGUCAGUAAGACUUUAAACUCACCCAUGUACUUUUUUCUUGCUAGCUUAUCAUUCAUGGAUGCCAUUUAUUCUUCAGCGAUUACCCCAAAAUUGAUUUCUGAUCUGUUCUUUGGGGAAAAUACCAUAUCUUUCAAAUUUUGUAUGGCUCAGCUCUUUAUAGAGCACCUUUUUGGUGGAUCUGAAGUCUUUCUUCUGUUGGUGAUGGCCUAUGACCGCUAUGUGGCCAUAUGUAAGCCCUUGCAUUAUUUGGUGAUCAUGAGGCAGAGGAUGUGUGUUUCACUGCUGGUGGUGUCCUGGGUUGGAGGUUUCCUGCACUCAAUUAUUCAAGUUAGCACUGUUUAUGGGCUCCCAUUCUGUGGCCCCAAUGUCAUCGAUCACUUUCUCUGUGACAUGCACCCUUUACUGAAACUUGUCUGUACUGACACUUAUGUCAUUGGCAUCUUAGUUGUGGCCAAUGGAGGACUGAUCUGCACUAUUGUAUUUCUGCUCUUACUCGUCUCCUAUGGAGUCAUUCUGCACUCUCUGAAGAACCUGAGUCAGGAAGGGAAGCGGAAAGCUCUCCAGACCUGUGGUUCCCACAUCACUGUGGUUGUCUGCUUCUUUGUUCCCUGUAUUUUCAUGUAUGCAAGACCUGCUAAGACCUUCCCCAUUGACAAAUCAUUGAGUGUGUUUUACACAGUCAUUACCCCCAUGCUGAACCCAUUAAUCUACACUCUGAGAAACUCAGAGAUGACAAAUGCUAUGAAGAAACUCUGGAGAAGAAACAUCAUAUCUUGUAGCAAAUAA